AUGCCCAGCCAACCGCCCCUCCCCCACCUCCUCACGCCCUAUAUAUCGACCCCGCCACGAGAGUCCCUCACAGCCGUGUCCUCAGUUGUAGGCGCCACUGGGAACUGGCUUAUAUUGCGAUUCUUAUAUGCGGCCUUGACAGAUGCUGGGCUUCGGGGCGUUGAGGGCGAGAGGAAGAGAAAAGUCGUGCUCGGUCUGGAUUUAGCACGUCUGACUGAGAGACGAGAAUUUGCCUUCGUCGACGGACUCUCCGAGCUCUUCUGCGGCCCGACUGCGUCCGCACCGUCGCGUGCACCAUCCCAACACCUCGCGUCCGGCCCAACGCCUCGAACAACCCUUCCUACCAGACCGCAUCCUGGAAUCACAUCACUGCGCCAACCACCUCCCCCGUCCGCUGGCUCCGAUGGCCCGCCACAAAUAACAAAAGAUGCCGGCCAGGUGAAGCGACUACGCCUCUCAGGAAAUGGGGCCGCAGCGUUGGACGCUCUGGAAAGGGACAUUACGGCGGUGAUAAAACAGCUCAAGGCGUCAGGCCUGGGAGAAGAUGAAGAAUCUGAAGUUUCUCUGAUUGUCGACCAACCGGACCUUCUACUCGCCGCUACGGGGCCGAGUAAGGGCAUUGGUGCUACGGAAAUGGCGGAGUGGAUAAUAGGGCUACAGCAGGCUGCCACUGCAACAGUCGCGACAAUAUCCGCGGACUCGCCGCUGAUACACAAUGCAUCUGCAUCCGCUCACCACAUCGCGACUCCGCUAGAGACGGAACAUGCCGCAUUUGCUAUUGGAUUGGCCCACCGGGCAGAGAUGGUCAUGCAGCUUAGAAACUUGGAGACGGGCGCCGCAAGGGAUGUCAGUGGCGUACUCAGGGUCAGUAAAGGAGGCGCUUGGGGACAGAGGGACAGCGCCGGCCAAGAAACCUGGGAAGAGAAGGAGGUGCUGUACUUUGUCCAGAGAGAUGGAAGCGUUAGUGUUUUCGGGCGCGGGGAGUAG